AUGCAGCUGUAUCUCCUUUGUGUUGGACAAAAAGAACAUUCCAGUGUAACUUUGAAGGAAGACAGUGAAAUUAUGGAGACAAGUCCAUCUGACUCAAGCACCAGAGAUGGUGUAGAUGCUGAGAAAGAGGAUGCUCAUCCAGUUAAACAGUUGCCAUCUUCAGAAGAAGAUGCCGAAGACCACACAUCUGAGCCACAGUCUUAUGAUCUGGGUUUUAAAAAGGUUUUUAAAUUUGUUGGGUUCAGAUUCACAGUGAAAAAGGAAAAGACUGGAAAAUCGGAACCGGUUCAACUGCUUACUGUGAAAAAGGAAACACAAGCCCCUGAAGGAGCUGAUGAUCAAAAAGAAGUCAGCUUGGAAGAAACAGUGAUGCCUGAGGAUGCGCUCUCUGCAGAAGACACCACCAAAGACACACUGAAAAAUGACAAAACAGAAGACGAAUCUCCUAAAACACCAGAAGCAAAUGAGAUUUGUUCUCAGUCAGCUGCCUUAGCCACCGAUACUGCAUCACCACUACGAAAACUUUUUACUCAGGGAUGGACUGGAUUUAGAAAAAAGAAGAGUUUCAGGAAGCCUAAAGAAGAUGAGCUACAGUCUUCUAUGAAAGAAGAGGAGCAAGAAAAAGAGGGGACAACAUUAACAACUGAAACCACUGAAAAGGAGAACUCUGAGCUCAAGAAGCAAGAUGAAGAGAGGAAUGUGACAGCAGUGACCAUUGAAGGACAUGAGAAAGAGCAAACUGAAAAUCAGGAGUUAGAAAAGACUGUGGCAGCCACGGGAGUUGAAGCAAGUGAGAAGCAAGAGCUAGCCAAGCUUGAUGAGCAGGGUCAAAAAGAGGAUGUAGCAGCAGCAUCUGUUAAAGAAAGUGUGAAGGAGAAAAAUGCUGAAGAAGAUCAGGAAAGGAAACCAGUGGAAGUCUCAGAAGAUCUUGGUGAAAAAGAAGAAAAAACUGAAGGAGAGAAAGAAAGUGACGUGACAGAGAAACCGCAAAAAACAACAUCAGUGGUACCUGUUGUCACUGACAGUGUGAACGGAGAAUUGAAAACAUCCUCAGAAGUCCUACUUGUGGGGGAAAAACUGGAGCCAGUGGAGAAGUGUGAAAUAGAUGACAGAACUGAAAUAUCCUCUGAAGAGAAACUUGAAGCAGGAUCUUCGGUAAUUGAAAUUUCUAGUGGACAGCUUAAAGAAACUGAAGGAAGAGAAGACAAUAUACCUGUCUCACUGGGGAAAGAAACAUUUGAUGAAAAAGCAGAAGAAGCAGAAUUGAAAAUGUCACCCACAGCAGAAGUCAUCGCAAAAGGAGAAGCUCAAGAUAGAACCACAGAGAAGAAGGAAAGCAAAGAACAUGAGACAAAACUGACUCCAGAUGCUCCUGGAUCAAAGUCCUGUCCUACUUCUGAAUGUUCAGUUGACACAGAGGAUGAUCAACAGUCAAUCAAACCCACUGAUGAAGGCCUACAGGGAAAAACUGGCAUAGUUAUGACUGAUACUAUCAAACCAGAUGAAAUAACUCCUGAAGAGGCAGCUGGAAAGAAGCCUCCAGAAGGUAUCGCAAAUGAAGCUGAUCUGCUGUCUUCUCAAGAAAAAAAUAAACUACAAGGCAGCCCUUUAAAGAAACUCUUUACGGGUACCGGAUUAAAAAAACUGUCCGGAAAGAAGCAUAAAGGCAAAAGAGAAGACUCUAAGGUAGGGGAACAGGGUGAACCAAUUCAACACUUAUCAGAUUCCCCAGAUAGCCCAGAGGAACAAAAGGGAGAGAGUUCUGCCUCUUCUCCUGAGGAGAUGAAUGAAAUUCCUUCUUUGGAAAAGUCUGUAGACGGAGUGCAGGUCACUGAAAAUGAAGAUGCUGCAAUUUCAGAUGCAGAGCGAAAAAGAGAAAAUGUUACACCCUGGGCAUCAUUCAAAAAGAUGGUGACUCCCAAGAAACGUGUCAGGAGACCUUCUGAAAGCGAUAAAGAGGAAGAAACUGAUAAGACAAAGAGCACUGCAGCACCUGCGACUGAAAACACUGUUGAUGAAAGUCAGGGAGAAAUAAAAGAAAAUGGGGUGGACCAGAAACCAGAGAAAAUCGCAGAAGAGCCCAAAAGAAAGGUUGAUACCUCUGUGUCCUGGGAAGCUUUUAUAUGUGUAGGUUCUUCAAAGAAAAGAGCAAGGAAAUCAUCAUCAUCUGAUGAAGAAACUGAACAUAAGCUUGGUCAAGAAAGCCAAAAAGUAGAAGAGUCUGGACAGAGCAAAGAAACGGCAACAGAUGCAAUUCUUACUAGCUCUCAGGAGAGCGAUCAAGGACAAGGGAAUUCUUCCCCAGAACAAGCUGGAAGCCCAUCUGAAGGUGAAGGCAUUUCAACAUGGGAGUCAUUUAAAAGGUUAGUCACUCCAAGAAGGAGAUCCAAAACCAGAAUGGAAGAGAAAACUGAAGACUCUGUUGUGGGAUCUAGCCUGGAGCAUUCAACAUCGGAUGGUGAGCCUGGAAAAGAUGAAUCGUGGGUACCAUUUAGAAAACUGAUGCCUGGACGUAGGAAGAAAAAGUCAGACGGAAAGCCAGAACCAACUCGUCUUAAACAAGCGAGAGAGGACAUGGCAGAAACAACUGAAGAAGAUUCAGAUAUUCCAGCUGUUGUUCCUUUAUCUGAAUACGAAGCAGCAGAGCAGGAGAAAAUUGAAGCCCAAAAAGCAAAAAAUGCUGAAGCAGCGGGAGAACAAGCCUCAAGGGAAGAGAGAGCAGAAAAAUUAGAGGAGACCCUACGAGUUGAGCAAGCACAUGAAGGGCUGGUACAUGCAGUUACUGUUACUGUUGUGGAAGGGGAAAGGGCGGUUACGAGUAUUGAAGAAAGGUCACCGUCUUGGAUAUCUGCUGCUCUGACAGAGUGCAUUGAGCAGGCAGAAGAAGAGGAAGAGAAAGAAACCGAGAAAGUAUUCAAAUCAGAUGUUAUUGUGGAAGAAGCAGUGGUAGCUGCUAAGACAGUGGCAGAGACAAGAAAGGAUGUAAGUGAUGACACCACAGGAAGUGAGUUAGAGCUAACUUCAGAAGCAGUGACAGCUCUGGAGGAGACAGUAGAAGCUUUAUGUCCUGAAGAAACAAUGGAAAUGUCCCUUGCUGAGGAGACAACUGAGAUGGUUUCUGCUGUUUCACAGUUGUUAGAAACCCCAGAUACUACAGAGGAAGUUACACCUGUACAAGAAGUAGAGGCUACUGAACAAAAUUUGAAAGAAUUGGACAAACAGACGCGAAAAGUUCUUCAUGAAGUUGCUGAACGAGUGAAGUCAGCAGAUAUAGCACAGCCAGUUAGUGAAAGAACCAUGACAGCAACAGUACAAGGAAUCGAGCCAGAAGUGAAAGAUGAUGCUAAAGGUGGGAGUGUUGUAGGCCAGGAAACUCUUUUGCUUGAACAGUCCUUGGAAAAAGGAGAACAUGAGGAGGAUGUCUUCCAGCCCCAGGGAGGUGCAGGGAGCAUUCAGAGCAAAAAUGAAGUUGAAGAGAGUGUUCUACAUGAAGGUUCAGAGAGAAGUGAAAUACCUGCUGCAAUGAAGGAAAGCACAGAAGGAUAUGAAAACGUAGAUGUAGUGAGAGAUGAAAGCCAGUGGCAGGCAUGUGAAGAAGCAGUUGUAGAAGACCAUGAAGAAAUAUCUGAAGUAGAGAGGACUGUAGAGGAACCUUCAUCAGACGACAGAGAGUUUCACAGCAUCAAAGCAGUCACUCCCCAGGAAGAGCCAUUUGCAAAGCAAGAGCCUUCAGAACAAGAGAAACUGCCCGUAACAAAGUUGACAGUAGAUGAGAGAAGAGAUGAAUGUAUUCCCAAAGUACAGACUGCAGUGCAGGACAAGACAGAUGAUGAAAUUGCUUCCUUGAAGUUUAAAGCUGAAGAGCCUGUGCAGCUUGAAGGACAGGACAAAACCCUUACAGUGGUACCAGAGUGCACAGUUAUCACUGCAGUCCCCAUUAAGCCUGAAAGACAAGAUGAAAUUGCUGACUUAGGCUCAGAAGACCAAGCUUAUACUAAAGGAGUGCCUAGCAGGGCACCUGCUCAGAGAGAGGAAGAGAAAGAUGAUACUGCACUCCUUGGUGUAAAAAGCACAGAAGUCACCGUUACUGAGGUUCCACUGCAGAAUGAGGUAAAAACCUCUGCCCUUGCUUCAGAAACAGCUGGCUUAGAAGCAGCUGCAGAUGCUGAGGCAAGUGUGAGAGAUGGGGCUGUCAGGCACAUUACAGCAAAAGAUUCUGUGCCCAUCCUAGAGCCACAAUCCAGAAUAAAAAUGACUGAAACACCCUCCCUAAGUGAUGAAACCAAGGGUGGCAAAAUGGAAGAUACAAUGCGUGAACCUGAAACACACUCAGAGAGUGGUACCACUAUCACUGAGGCUCCCACAUGGAUUGAAGCAGACAGUGCAUCUACUUUAGCAUCAACAUGCCCAGAUAUCACUGAAAAUGGAAGCACUGUCCUAACUGACAUCAGUCCUAAGAAAUGUGAAACACCAAGCAGCUUUGCUGGAGAAGAGACUGUGGAAAAAGAACAAGAGCUUUCAAACUGUCAAGACUUUGAGAAAGAAGAUGAUGAAACUGAGCAACCGAUGGAAAGAGCCAAAGAAGUGUUUGAAUCUGGAAAACCAGAAGCUGUGAGAGCUGAUGCAAGUUCAACUGCUGUCCAGCAAGAGGUUUUAACUGUGCAAGACGAAGGCUCUGACUCAGCCUUCCUACAAGCUGAAAGCAUGGAGGCUCUGAAAGUGCCAGUGCCUGUAGCAGCUGCAGCAGUUGAAGAGCAUGUCAUGGCAGAAACCGUAACACCUACAGACGUGACAGCCAAAACUGUACAGCCCUUGGCAACCACACCAGAGCAAAUGGCUUCUGAAGAGGUCCGAGUUACUGCUGUUGACUCUUCAGGCUGGGGGACUGCAAAUCUUGGUAAUGCAGAAGCCCCUGAGCCUCAAGUAAGUCCUGCUUCCAUGAAUGGAAUAUCAGAGGAGCAAGAGAGGCCCCAGAGUAGAGGGCAACAUGAACAAAAUGGUAUUCUAAGUGACAGUCUGUCUUUCUCCCACACGGAAUUUGAGCAGGAUGUUGUCCAGUCUGUGACUAUAGAGUCCCAGAGUACAAAAAUUGUACUGAACGCCAUCGAGACGGCUGUUCACAAGCUUGCAGAAACAGAAGAGUCGGCUGCCUUUGAGUCAGAGCAGCACAUUAAGUCCCUAGGGAAAAGCCCAUUAGAUACAAAUAUAUCUGAACUUCUGGAAAGUAUGCAGGUGGAUCAUCAACUUCCAGUAAAAGAAGAAGAGAUACACAGCAAAGAACAAGAGCUCCAGCAAUCAGGAAUAGUGAAAACUGCUGUCUUAACAGAGUCUGCAGAGAUUCAUGCAACUGUAGAAAAACCAAAAGACACACUGUUAACUGCUGAGAUGCUGAAAGAUGGACAAAGUCAGAAUUCUUUAGCAAUUGUGACUAGGCCUGAAGAUGUUUCAAGGGAAAGUGUGAGACUUCAGAAAUCAACACUAGAACUAAGUACUUCAGAAGAUUCAACCAAAGACCUCCUAGACAUACACCCACCAAAACUAAGGGAAAAAGAGGCUGGGCAGAUUAUAGAAAUCCUAGACCAGCAUACAGGUCAGCAAACAUGCAGAGAAACUGAGGAAGACCAUCAUCACUCACCAGUGGAAGAUGGAAAAACACAGACAUGGGAAGAUGGUAGCUGCCAAGAAGGAACAUCUUGUGAUAAUUCACAAAGUCAGAACUCAGUGGCUCAUGAUGCCUUGAAU